UCGCCGCGCCUUCCUCCUCCUCCUGCCGCCGCCGCUGCCGCCGCAGCCGGAACGUUCGGCCUGGGGCGGCCGGGUUUGAGCCCGUGCGCGCCGCGCCCUCUCAGUCGGGGUGGGGAACAGGACUGGCUCCCCGACCCUCCCGCGGAAGGCCCUCCUCAGCUUUCUCGUGGUCUGGGGGCUCCGGGGCUCCUUCCAAACAGCUCCCGACUGAGUCCCGUCCAGUCGGGGACCCUCCACUCUCCACUAAGGAGGAGUGGACACCUGCCGCUCUGCCUCCCUAAAACGGGGUCGUCUCCUCACGCCCACACAGACGGCAGAGAGCUUCACGAUCCCGUUUCGCCCAGUUUUCCAACUCCAGAACCUUCUAACCUCCGCUAGUUCCUACCGGCCCCUUCCUCCUGCUCCGUCCACGCUCACAGGGAGGCAGCUCCGACCCCAUACAGCCUGGGUCUGGCUCGGUGCCUGCGGGCGCCUUCCAGACCCCUCCUUCUCUCUUUACUGCCCCCCGCACCGUCCUCCUCCCCUCGGUCCCCUUGUCACCUCUUGGAGCCCUCGCUUAACCAGGAUCCAGUGGGUACUUCCUACCCCAGGAUGUGAGUCCCUGUAACGUGUAAUGCUGUGGCUGGCCCUUGGCCCCUUCCAUGCCAUGGAGAACCAGGUGCUGGUGAUUCGUAUCAAGAUUCCAAAUAGUGGCGCGGUGGACUGGACAGUGCACUCCGGGCCGCAGUUACUCUUCAGGGAUGUGCUGGAUGUGAUAGGCCAGGUUCUGCCUGAAGCAACAACCACAGCAUUUGAAUAUGAAGAUGAAGAUGGUGACCGAAUUACAGUGAGGAGCGAUGAAGAAAUGAAGGCCAUGCUGUCCUAUUAUUAUUCCACAGUAAUGGAACAGCAAGUAAAUGGACAGUUAAUAGAGCCUCUGCAGAUAUUUCCAAGAGCCUGCAAGCCUCCUGGGGAACGGAACAUACAUGGCCUGAAGGUGAAUACCCGGGCUGGACCCUCUCAACACGGCAGCCCAGCAGUCUCUGAUUCACUUCCAAGCAAUAGCUUAAAGAAGUCUUCUGCUGAACUGAAAAAAAUAUUAGCCAAUGGCCAGAUGAAUGAACAAGACAUACGGUAUCGAGACACUCUUGGCCAUGGCAACGGAGGCACAGUCUACAAAGCGUAUCAUGUCCCGAGUGGGAAAAUAUUAGCUGUGAAGGUCAUACUGCUAGAUAUUACACUGGAACUUCAGAAGCAAAUUAUGUCUGAAUUGGAAAUUCUUUAUAAGUGUGAUUCAUCAUAUAUCAUAGGGUUUUAUGGUGCGUUUUUCGUAGAAAACAGGAUUUCAAUAUGUACAGAAUUCAUGGAUGGGGGAUCCUUGGAUGUAUAUAGAAAAAUUCCAGAGCAUGUCCUUGGAAGAAUUGCAAUAGCAGUUGUUAAAGGCCUUACCUAUUUGUGGAGUUUAAAGAUUUUACAUAGAGAUGUGAAGCCCUCCAAUAUGCUAGUAAACACAAGAGGACAGGUCAAGCUGUGCGAUUUUGGAGUUAGCACUCAGCUGGUGAAUUCUAUAGCCAAGACGUAUGUUGGAACAAAUGCUUAUAUGGCGCUUGCUCUUGGGAGGUUUCCAUAUCCUCAGAUUCAGAAAAACCAGGGAUCUUUAAUGCCUCUCCAGCUUCUGCAGUGCAUUGUUGAUGAGGAUUCGCCCGUCCUUCCGGUUGGAGAGUUCUCCGAGCCAUUUGUACAUUUCAUCACUCAGUGCAUGCGAAAACAACCAAAAGAAAGACCAGCACCUGAGGACCUGAUGGGCCAUCCAUUCAUCAUGCAGUUCAAUGACGGAAACGCCGCCGUGGUGUCCAUGUGGGUGUGCAGGGCGCUGGAGGAGAGGCGGAGCCAGCAGGGGUCCCCGUGACGCCACAGAGGGGUGCUGACAGCCCAGGACUGGUCACCAAGGGGACAACCCACCCAUUGCGCCCCCUCUCUGUUUGCCGUCUGCACCAGAAGAGCUUUGCUGGGCCCAGCUGCCCUGCUCUCACCUUCGACUCUGCUGGCAGAUGGCCUAGCCCAGGGAGCCCUCCAGAGUGGCCAGCCCCUGCCCCCUCUCGUCUGGAGGCACUGACGGGGGGUGGGCAGAGGAGUGGGGGUAUCGAGAACAGAGGCUUCGGUGCCCCUCUCCCUCUUUUUUCCUAACAUUUUUCUUUGUAAAGGGUCAGGCCCCAUCAGCAUCACUGAUGGGAAUAAAAGUAUUACUGCUACGUGA